GGUAAAUUUGAAAUCACAACUCCCAAGAAGAUGACCGCGGCAACGACGGAUUCGGCGCGACGAUUGCAAGAGGUGCGGGAGCAGGAGCGCGAAUUUGCACGCCGGGUGCGCGAUGGCUUUAAUCAGGAACGACAGCGUUUGGAGACUCGUGUUCUACACCAACUUGAGAAUGAGUGGCGGGACGAGCUCGCGCGCGAGCGACAGCUCCUAGCUGAGGACUACCAGCUCUGCCUGACACAGAUGGGCCGAGGACAUGUCAGUGCCCUUGAACAUGACCAAAGCUCACGCGUAGCUGCGCAGAAAAAACGUCAUUUGGAGCUCGCACAGCGCCGUGCUGCAGUGCGGUCUCGAGAAGCUAAAUCCUGGCUGCAAGACGAACAGAAACGGAUCCAUGGUCGUUCUGCAGCUGCCAAGGCACGCUGGGAGACGGUUCGCAUCCAGGAACGUGAGCGGGCCCAGGCCAUCGCUGCAGAGCAGCGACGCCGAGCCGCCGAGCGGUACGAGCCCCUUUUGAUGCCUAAUGCCUGCGUCUUUGCAUGGCCCGGAACUCACCUGCCCUUUCUAAGUAGAAGUGAAGAUGACGACGUGGCCAAGCUUGGUGACCUCAUCCUGCCCCAGCGAAGGGAUGCCGAAGCCUAUGCCCAUACCUUUAUGCAUGCAAAGCCACUAAGUGCCUCUCAGCGACAUGAUCGCGAUCAAAAGCGGACUGAGCGAGGCAAGGCCGCCCUCACACGCCUGCGCCUAGAGAAGGAACAGCUACAAGAGCAGCUGCAUCAGGCUGACCGGCACUUGCGUCAGCGGCGCCGGCUGGAGCUCAGUGACCGCGCAACCAUGUUGGUUGAGGUAAGCACUCACGUUGGGCAUGUUCGGCCAGACCUGUCCAGAAAAACGACUCAAUGCGCCCGCGCCCCCAUACUUGUCAGCCCCGCGAGAUUCCACAGCGCCGAGCAGUCCGACAAGCCACGUUGGCCCAAGCCACGGAAGCUUUGUUUGAUGAGCGUCGAGGUAUGCCCAACUUGUCUCCAUUUUACCUGCUCAACACGCAUCAACCAUCGGCCGCCGCGACGAAUGGCUUCUCACGCUGCAACGUCGCUGCCGAAAGGGGACGACACGGUUUACGGGCGCGAUGUGGAGCCCUUUGAUCACCCUGAGCGUGAGCCCUGGUUUCCCAUCGCCAGUGGCCCUACCCAAGAGACUAGCACCGUCAAGCCCGAGGAUUUUGUGGAUGAGUCGCAGCCCCGCCAGCCAUUGAGAUCUGCAGCCCCGCGCACAAAAGCCCCAAGCGCGGCAGGACCGCAGCCUAUGCGCCGGAUUGUGGCGCAAGCUUUGGUCCACGAUUUGAACGUCCCCAUGCGAGCUGCCCCCUUACAGCCGGUGGUCGAGAGCAGCCCGGCCGACUCCAGCGCAGUAGGACCGACUUUUGCCCGAGCCAGGAGCCCUUCAGUCAAACAAGCCCAAGGCGCUGACAAAGGCGCCUCCAGAGACCUUCUUGAUCUGAGUGGGGCUGAACCAGAGGACACGGACGUCCCUACGCAGUCAAUGCCACCAAAGCAGCCGGACAACGCAGCUGUUGCCGCCGACAAUCUGGCAAGCAACGAAGCUUCCCCACCGGCACAGAGUGAUCCUGCGCCUCGUCUUCAACCCACCGAUGUGUCGAUGCAUCAGCAAUCCGAUGCCAGUGGAAGUCGAGCACGCGUGACUUUUGCCUCUCCGCAGGGCCAUACGAGCCGCCGUAUUCAUCUCGGGGACGGUACCUCUGCGUGGGACGUCAUCGACACAGCGUUGACCCCCGGGGGCAGCCAACCGCGACGUGCACAAGUGAGGACAUGGUUUACGCCGUUGGCAGCAGUCGACGGAGAUGACUCGUCUGAUGGCGCGUCAAACGCAAACGCUGACACUCAGGCUCCAGCCCACCAAGGCGGAAAUCCUGAGGCUGCGGUUGACAAUACGCCAGCGAGCCCUCAGCCCGAGGCCGCUUUGCAACAGCAACCCAUGGCGGCCAGACCAGCAGCCACUGAGACAAAUUGGGAUGUGCAGAGCGCUGCUGCUGCCUCGAGCCGGGCUCUCUCUGCCGGCGAGUUACGCCUCUCGGAUUUGAUGGAGCGACUGCCGAUGGAGGCAAGUACAAGCGGACAUGAGGCGGCGGCGACGGCAACGGGACCACAGCAGCCCCGCGCAGGCAUGGAGGCCGAGGUGGAUGACCGAGCAAGCGUGGUCAGCAGUGAGGCUCUGGAUAACGCAUGGUUUGACUUGCUUGUGGCUCCCAGCGGCAUGGCGUCCACGCAGCCUGGUCAGUCCAACCCACCACGUGCCAGUUCUCAGAACCAGGGUUCAGCACCACCAGUAUCCCCGCCGGUGUCAGCUCCGUCCACGGGUCCGACUUCCUCUGUGCCACACAUGAACACGAACAAUGGAUGCGAUUCGACGGCGCUCUUGCGCUCUUUACGUCAAGACCUGGCAUCCCUUAUGGAGGAUAUGCAAGUUCGCCAGGCCAAUCCACGCAGUGCCGGAGCGCCAGCCAAGGCGGUGCCCGUGCCCUCACAGGAUGCAGAUACGGCUUCGACCUCCACCCUACACGUGCGCACGGCAUUGCAAUCACUUCAAGCCAGCGCCUCCCUCGUGUAUGCUGGUCGCACGGUGGCGCGGCGCCCUUACCCGUUUCAAAAUCCGUCGUCUGCCGCUGUCGCGUAA